AUGAUAAGAGUAAUACUGUUGCCUCACGUCAUAACUUUAAAAAUAUAUAAUUGGUUGUAAAAUCCAGAUGUCACUUUGUAUAUUCAAAGAUGGCUUUAGCCAGAGUUCUUCAGAUAAUGGCGUUUCUAAUAUAUUUUAAAGGCAUUCACGGGCAGUUAAACAACUUAAUGAAUAAUCCGACGGUAGGCCAAAACAAUAUUAAACAAGGUUUUCAAAGUACUUCGAGUAUUAAAAGCGUAAAUGAAAACUUAUUUCAAAACGAUAAUUUGGGAAGAGAUACAAAUUUUAAUUCCCAAAAAACAAUUAAUUCGCAGUAUCCUUCAAUUUCACAGUCAUCGUUUUCUGUAACUCCACAAUUUUCGGUGCAACAGCCGCAAAUUAUUUCACAAUUAAUAAAUCAACAACCUAAUCAAAUCUCUGACUCACAACAACCACUUUUAUACCAACCCAAAUCAAGUUUUACACCACAACCAGUAUUACCACAAUCAUCUGUAGCACAACAACAACCUUGUAACUUUUUAGAGUCAUCACCUUCCAUUGUACCAUUUAGUAAUGCAGCUAAUAUAAAUUACCAGCCAAAAACUGUCACUCCUGUGGUUCAACAAAUUCCACUGCAAGUUUCUCAAUCUAUUCCCGUUUCGAAGUCAUAUGUAUCCUCUUAUCCCUCUACAUCACCAGUGACUACAUAUGGAGGUCAACGAAUGGAUUUUGUGACAAAUUUAAGCAGUAACUAUGUAGUUCCAAUGAAUGCUUUACCCUAUUCUGUGCCGGAAGCGAAAGUUGUAUCGUCUAUCCCAAUCCCAUAUACAACGGUAUUAUCAACAUCUAAUCCCACAAUAUUUGGAAAUGGUGUAGUUACGCCUUAUCAAACUCCACUUUUCGGUAUUUAUGAAAAUCCAUUGGAAAAUCUCAGUGCAAUGGCUUUGAGUGAUGAAGCAACUGAAUUUGACAAUUUAUUAUCCCUUCUAUUAUCAAUAUUACAAUCUCCAAAGAAAUCAUCAAAAUAUGCUCAAUCAAACAAAGAAAUAAGUUCCCACGCGCCUUAUACUCCAUAUAAAAUGAAUCAAGGAUCGAAAUCAUCGAUCUUAAAAGCACUUCUGCCAGUUAUUUUGAAUUUAAUAAAAGACAGAAGAGAAGGAUGUGGCUGCCACUCAGGUUGUAAAUGUAAUCAUAAUUAUAAGAAUCAAAACGAUUUUGAAAUGCAGUGUAAUGGAGGCAAUUCGAAGAAAACCGCUUACAGUUUAAAAGAAGAAAUGUUCAACAAUGACGAAUCAGCAGAGGAUACUCCAAGAUUUAUUCGGGAUCAACAAAACAAAAAAACGAAAAAUAUACCUGAAGUUAGUAUUGAGAGUGAUGAAAAUGAUGCAACGGAUUAUGAUGAUCACGUAUCCGAAGAGGAAGAAGAUUAGAUUAUGUUAAAUAUUCCAGGUUUUAAUGUAAUGCUGUAGGCAAUAUCUUUAUUUAAAAUAAGUAUUUAUAUUAUUGAUAAGAAUAAAAAUAAAGUCAUUUUUUAUAA